AUGCGCCUCCGGUCCUGCCAUUCUGCCCAAGCCCUGCGCUCCGAGGGCUCCCUGUGCGCGCUGCUGGUGCUUCUGCUGCUGCUGACGCCGCAGGCACCCCUGGCUGAAGCUGGUCCUGUCGCGGCGGUGGCUGUGGUGAGAGAGUUGCGUUGCAUUUGUUUAACCACUACGCCUGGAGUUCACCUCAAAAUGAUCACUAAUCUGCAGGUGAUUGCCGCAGGUCCACAGUGUUCCAAGGUGGAAGUGAUAGCCACCCUGAAGAACGGAAAGGAAGUGUGCCUGGACUCAGAAGCCCCUUUGAUCAAGAAAAUCUUGCAGAAAAUGUUGGACAGAAAACUGAUUAAGAGAAAUGACCAUGCAUUGAAGAAAUUAUCCAGUCUUCAGCAGAGCAAUUUUCUGAGAGAAACUCUGGACCCAGGGAAGAUGAGAAUGAAAGGGUCAAUUUUUUCCAGCAGUUUUUUUUUUGUGGGCUCCCUACUUUGA